AUGAUUGCCGACUCGAGCUUGAACCUACCCCCGAGAACGAUAAGAAAACAUCAUCAUCAGUCCCACGGUUACCCGCUGACGUCAUCAUCAAGUCACGUGUCCAGACGUGUCCACCUUGAGAGUGACGAGCUGCCCAUCAUCACUUCUUACUCCAGGGGAUACAGCCAGCCGCCUUCCUCCUACUCUGAAGUUUUGCUGGCCGAUGGCAUGCCGGUUGGAAGAAGUAACCAGGCUUAUGGUGAUGCAAAGAGGGCAUCGAUGGCCGCUGAUACUGCGGUCAGGCAGGCACAAAGGGAGGUUAACAGAGUUGAACAAGAACUUGGACUCUCCCACUACGACGAGCCCUCCUCAUUUGCCAGAAAGCACCGCAGCUACUCGUACAGUGGGCCCCGUGACUUUGCUUUUGUAGGCCCCAAGCCCAUCGUCCACCAACAUCACACCCCCGCUACUUACCACUACCACCAUCGAGCCUACCAAAGUCCCUCUUAUUACGAGGUCCUGGAGAGUGCCCCAGCCCACAGGCCAUUGUACCCCCCUGAGAAGUUGGUGAGGUGCCUGACGGAGACUCCGGUGACCAAGUUGUCGGGCAGACAUGUCGAGGAUGUGGUUCUUGGCAGUAGCCUCAGUGGAUUGGGCAGUGCAUUGAGGUCUAGGUCUCACACCCCCCAGCUGCACAUCGCUCCGCUGCCGCCAGCCCCGGUGGUCAGCAGAAGAAGUCACGUGGUUCAUCGUCACGUGCCACGUUACUCAUCAUUGUUGACGUCAUCAUCUGCUCUGAAUCGUCUGCCCGACAGCGUGGGCCACUGGUACCACCACAAGCCCGCCUCCACUCAUUUUUACGGGAGUUCUUAUGAUCUGAGUAGCCCAAUCGUGGCAUCGUAUCACCAGCCAAUCAGAAAUCAGGUGGUUAUGACGUCAUCAUCGGCAGGAGCAGCACCAGUUUCUGCUACUUUGGGACCUUCGCCUCCCUACCACACGCGCGUCAUCAAUGAUGGAUCCUCGUUUGAAUACAGCAGCAGCAACCACACUGACUACCCCAUCUUAGCUGACUACUCUCCCUGGAUAGCUCCACAGCCAGUAGCAGCAGCUCCGAUCCACCACCAACACUACCAGCACACGGUGAGGAGAGUCCAGAGUCUCGCUCCAUCAUCCAUCCACAUUUCCAAGGCCUCAUCUCUCUCACCCAGUCUUGACAAGCCGUUGGAGAGUCACAUUGAGGUGUCAGAAGCGAGGAAGAAGGUUCGAGAAGUCCUGUGCAAAGUAAAGAGAGAUGCAACGUAUUUUGAUUGA